CCCCUUUUGGUCAGGAGACAUUUAAGAGACAUUUUGACAGAUGCUUAAGUAGGCAAAAACAGAAAGUACAGUAUAUGGACCUAAUGUGGACAAAUGGCAUUGGUCUUUAGCUAUAAUAUUCUAUAGCUGAAUUCAACUUCUUAUUCUUCUCUCUUCUCAAUUCUUUCUAAUGCUGUGUUUUGUGUUUGUUUUGAUCUCUGCUGUGCUUGGGAUAUUAAUGUGCUUUGUGGCAAGGGAAAAAAUGUACAUGUGAGGACUUGUGAGAAGUACAACUUCAAUCUCAUCAACUAAAGAAUAGUUCGUCUUGUAGAACCAGAGCAUGAUUUUUAUGCUGUUACUAACUGGACUGCUUGCAACUCAUGAUUCUUUAAAAGAAAACAUGAACACGUUCAAAGUUUGUUUUUAAAUUCAUGCUCCAAUUUGCAUCUAAAAAUGUCACUUAUUAGUCUAUCUGCAAAGCAAUGCCUUACUAUCUUUACUUAUUCAAUUAUUUUCUUAUGCUGUCUUUAAUUUCAAAUUAAUUUUAAAUUAACUUUUAUCAUUUCUUACAUUCUGUUAUCAACAAAUGGUCUUUUCAAAUAAUAGAAUCCAUUCAGUGCAUAAUUUAAAUACCUAUUGUUGAAUCAGCCUAUAAAGAGAAAUAAGCCUCAAUUUUGCUAUAUGUUUAUAGUAUUUCCUCUAUACUAAUGGCAUCAAUCUAUGCUAUAACCUGUUUGCUGAUAUACUAACCUAUCUAAAGGAUAGUCUCAAACUGCACAAAGUUCUACAUAUUAGUAAAAUAUUGAAUCAGUCAAAUGGAAAAUUUGCCCAAUUAAAUAUCACAUAAAAUCUGCACUGUGCUACCUUUGUGCCUAAAAUGAUCCUUACUCUUUAAACAGAACACAAAGCCUUUGCUACAUAGACACCAAAUAAAACAGCAAAAAUAAACACAAAUCAAAAUUGGGCACAUUUGGAAUUUUUCAAUUAACACAGAGCAUCUCAAGAAAUUAGCUCAAUCUUGAUGUGUACCUUAUAAAGCAAAUAAACUGCAUUUGGUCUUAAAAGUUUCAGGAUAGAUUAACAGAGAUCAAAUUUAGCAGCUGAAUAAUUCACUUCAUAUUAAAUGGGAAGUCACUACUGCUGUCACAAAACACUGCAGCUCUGCCUUAAUGUGGGCAAUGUCAAGGCAAGAUCUAAUCGACCAUCUCCCAUGGCACAGCACCCAAUGGUCACAAAAUCCAAGCAGCAGUGGUCAGCACGUCCCCAUCUCCCCAAGUCCCACCAGACUGACUCGAUUGCCAAAGCAAAGGGUGGAAAUGGUGGAGGCGGUAACAAAGGCCUUAUGGCUCGGAUCAUACCUGUGUAUGGAUUUGGAUUGGUUAUAUACAUUUUGUACAUCCUCUUUAAGAUCUCGUCCAAAGGUAUCAGUCAAAAUCCUAAAACAGGAAAGAGAUGUGCAGGAAGCCAACUUGGAAGCAGGAAGUGUAAAAUUACUGAUUACGAACUGGCUCAGCUUCAAGCAAAACUGCAAGAGACUGAAGUGGCCAUGAAGCAAAUAGCAUCGAAAAUGGGAAAUGGAUCAGACAAGUUUACAAAUGAUACCAGUGAACAGGAAGAAAAUUUACUGAGACAAUUGAAUGAAAUCACCAGAGUCAUGAAAGAGCAGAAAUUCAUUGAAGGCAUUGGUCCUGAGGAAGAGACAGAGGAAUACCCUUGCAUGGAGCAAACUGAAGGUUAUCCUGAGGAGACGGCCCAAUCCAAAUGCAGUUGCCAGCAUGACUCUGAUUAUUCUGAGUCCAGUCAACUUUCUGGUGAGCAGGUGGAAGACAAAAUAGAACACAAAUGGUUGUCCAACAAAACUACAGAUGAUGAAAUAAGACAACGUCAAAAAUGCCAUGGAGUAAACCAUCAGAAGUGUGCACAAAUUGGCCCAGGUGUGAGUGCUGAUGAUAUUAAGGGGAAAGAUCUCCACUGUGAAGAUUCCAAGUAUCUUGUGUGUGAAAACGAUAACUCGGCUGUUACACCAAACAUCAGCUCUGAGAACGACUGCAAUGUGGGUGGCCAAAUUAGAGCUGAAUCUAGUCUGGACCAUCAUUGUGAACUACAGCCUGUAAUCAUGUACAAUAAUGAAGAUGUACUGCGAAAGCGCAACAAGAUGGCAAUAGAAUAACUAGUCUGAAAAUCAUCAUAAAGAUAAUUAAUCUUUGGAAUAUAUUAUUCAGACCAUAUCAGAUAUUUUAGCAUUGGGUACCUUCUCACAUUACUCUUGUCCUCUCCAUGACUGCUAGGUUUGUUUAGAUUACCACAAUUUAAAAAAAAAACUCACUUCUCUCUUUACAUUUUCACUGUCAAUGUCCCCUUCUCAUUAAUGGCAAAGUCUUCAUAAUGAUUGCUUAAAUGAGGAACAAAUUUGUAAUAUUUACACUCUUGGUAAAAAUUGCAACGUAAAGCAUGAAUGCACUGUGAACCCUGGCACCCUUCAUCUUCCAUCAGGUUUGCAGCUCCACCAACCAGCUGUUCUCUCACAUCCCAUCAGCUCCAACCAGCUACAUACUAGGAGCAAAAUAGUGAACCUAUAGACCCAUGUAUCUUUGAGGAAGGAAAUUAGAUCACAGGAGGGGGAUACAUAGUCAUGGGGAGAACUGCAAACUCUGUGCGGGCAGAUACUGUAUAUGGUCAGUUCCCUGGAACUGUGAGGCAGCAACAUCAAAACUGUUACUGUGCUGAUGUCCCACAUUACCCAAAUACCAUUCUGAAAAUAUCUUCAACCUUUUGUUAGUACAGAUAGAGCAGCAGCGUUUUUCUACAAGUGAUAUCUCAGCAAUUCAUCUGCUAACAGAUUCGACAGUCUGAAAGGGUUCCUUGCAAAAUCUGUCUGAGCUACAUCACUGUUGUCUGAUCACAAUCAAGAGAAAGUCCAUAGAUGUUGGAAAUCCAAGUACCACACAGAAUGUUGGAGGAACUCAGUAAGCCAGGCAGCAUCUAUGGAAAAGAGUACAGUUGACAUUUUGGGCUGAAACCGUCCAGGAGGACUGGAGAGAAAAAGAU